UAGACUAGAGUCAUACCGAAAGUGACAGAACUAUUGAAGCUAUUGUAGUAACAACAUCUCUUUGUAGAUUUAGUUUGUAGUUUUAGAGACGAAAAUGGGAAGAACAGAACAUCAAAAACAUUCCCGGGAGAAGCUGAAAGGAAAUUUUGAACCGGAAGUAACACAUUCCAUUCCAACUCCGGAGGUAACGCAUUUGACUCAGGAAGUGACACAAGCACUGGGCGCUGCAAAGGGUGGUUCCUUUUCGGAAAAGCUCAAAUCGUUAUCCAUUCACAGCAUACACAGAAAACAGGCACUUUGUACGUGGAUCGAAAGAGAGMAUUCAAUGUACGACAUGAAACACACUAACCAAUUGGUUAACAACAGUUUAGAAUUCAGUCGCAAACUCAUGGACCUUGCUAAAAUUAGAAAACCUUUAAAACGAAAGAGACCAGCUCAGCAAGAGUUACCAGACUGUUCCCAUGGUGAUUCAGCAGCGUGCGUUCAUCGGAGAAAAACCGCACAACAAGAAGAAAAAGAGCAAGACUUCAGCGGACGGCUUAUGGGAUUAACGGUUAGGAAGAAGCGGUUCGAUCCUUAUGAGCAUGCGCAUUGCUGUCGAUGCGUUCAGAGCUUCGAGUGCUUUUGGCCGAGACCUAAUCUUCUUACUAUAAGAAUGCAAGAUUUAGAUAGGCUUGAAGGUCAUAAUUCGUAGGAUUGUGUUCAGCUAUGUUGCGUCAUUGCUAAUUAUACAAUAGAGUAGUUGAAUCSAGGGCMUUAUGCUGUGAUAUUUGUCCGCGGAAAACUGGAUAUUAACAACAAAUAGUCGCCCGAGAAUGCAGAGAUGUCAACGGCUCUAUUGUUUUUAUUGUUCAACAACAAUUUUUUUGGGAAGCGGUGUGCUCUAUCGCGUCACGUGGUCGGCUCCCCACCAAUGAGAGAGGAGGAAAAUCUAUUGCUGAAUUAGAAUUAAUGAUAAGUCGUUCUGCAUGGAACAGUCUUUGAUUGUAUUGAAUAGAUUCCAUGCUAAGUAUUCGUUGGAUACACUAUUCAACAAAGCGCGAUUCACACUGGUGUUUAAAUUAAUAAUGUAUCAAUCUAUUGGAAUUAGUGUGUUACUUGCUUUAUGACAUAACAUCUGAUUUUACUUGCAAAUGGUUCUCAAUGAAAAAGUGGAGAAGAAUCAAUUCUUACAAGAAUGUAUCAGUUUCCAUCAGGUUUCCUUUAUUUACAAAGUACUAAAGAUAGCUGGCUUGCAUUGUAUCCUGGUACCUAGCUAGAACACGCAAUGCCACAUUAUUUCAAGACAUAUUUAUUAAUUAUUUAUUUGAAAAAGAAUAUAUUUAUAUCUUAUAAUUUACAUGUAAUCAAUCCCAUAUUCAAGGUUUAUAAAAGUAUCAUUUAUAAUAUGCUAA